UUCGCACGCGACUGUGUGUGUACCGUGUGUGCAAUAGUGUGCGUGUGUAUAGGUAAGUAUAUUAUGCGCGCAAGUGAAGUCUCGUAGAGUCACCGACGACGCCUUAUACUAGGCACAAGCAGGCAUCGCUGCUGUUGCUACUUUCUGUUACAAUAUACAAGCAUAUAUAUACAUAGCAUACGACAUAUGUAUAUACAUACAACUAUUAUUUGGACAGCUCCAAGAGCCCGCAUAUAGAAUAUCAAGAAUACUACAUAAGCUUCAAAAAUGUCUAAAAAACCAGGAAUGGCCCAGGCUCUGCAUAAAGUCAUUAUGGUAGGCAGUGGUGGUGUUGGAAAAUCAGCUUUGACACUACAGUUCAUGUAUGAUGAGUUUGUAGUAGAUUAUGAACCCACUAAGGCUGAUUCGUACAGAAAAAAAGUUGUCCUCGAUGGAGAAGAGGUUCAGAUAGAUAUAUUAGAUACUGCUGGGCAAGAAGAUUAUGCAGCAAUCAGAGAUAAUUAUUUCCGCAGUGGGGAAGGCUUUCUCUGUGUAUUUUCUAUCACAGAAGAUGAUAGUUUUCAGGCUACACAAGAAUUCAGGGAACAAAUAUUAAGAGUUAAAAACGAUGAAAACAUUCCUUUUCUAUUAGUUGGCAAUAAAAGUGAUCUACAAGAUAAAAGACAAGUUAGUUUAGCUGAAGCACAAAGCAGAGCACAACAAUGGGGUGUACCUUAUGUAGAAACAAGCGCUAAAACUCGAGAAAACGUGGAUAAGGUAUUUUUCGAUUUGAUGCGUGAAAUAAGAUCACGUAAAAUUGAAGACAAGUCAGCGAGUAACGGGCGCAGCAAAGACCGUGCGAAAAGGAAGAAAAGGAAAUGUACCAUUCUCUAGGUAUUCUUUGAUUUGAUGCGCGCUAUAGCUGCCCGUAAAGCACAGGAAAAUCAGAGUGAAAUCGGAGAACGCAAGAAAAAAACAAACUGUUGCACAGUUCUUUAACGCCUGAAAAUUUUUGUUGGUUCACGUAUAUAAAAUUUAUUUUUUAGAAACCUUUUUAAACGAUCAGCUAUUGGCAGCUAUCUUUGAUUUUUUUUAAUACACUCAGCUCUCUUUUUUUACGUGCGAGUACUUGACUCUGAAUGCGUUCGAAUGCGUUUUGUACAACACUGAAUACAAGAACAUGUAUGAUAAGCGUUCCUUUUUCUUACGCGCACAGACAUGUGAACAUAAGGUGUCUUGUAUUGAAUAUUAUUCAUGAAUUAUAUAAAAAAAUCUUUUAAGUUAUUGAGAAUCUAAAUCAUGUUGAUUUUAUUUAUAAAAAAGACUUACUUUUCAUUUUUCAUACUCAAUUGAGUAAUUCUACUAGUGUUUCUUUAUGACUCUCCCUACUUUUGAAUCUACGUAUAUGUUUUAAUUAUGAAAUAAGGUAUACUGUAAAUUAUCUAUGAAGUUUGUUAUAAAUCAUUAAGUAAUCAAAAUAAUAUUUUUCUUUUACUUUUUUAGCAUUAUGUGUACUAAAUUAGUAUAUAACUAAAUUAUCAUUGAGAAUGUUUUCUAUGUGCAAAGACAUAGAUUAGUUAAUCAUUUUUUUUUCAUUUUAUCCAUAAAAAUUGUUUAUCCAAAUAUAUAGGUUUUUGUAAUAUACUAAUUAUGUCUCUCCGUAUUAAUUUGAGAAUUACUUAAAACCUAAGUUUAUAUGUAAAUCAAAUGAGAUGAAUUUCUUUCAGUUUCCAUUUUUUCUUCAUUUAUUUCACUUGUCUAUGUAAGUUUCAGAUAAAAUCAUUGUGUACGUAACUCGUGAUAAAAUUUGCACCUUAUUGAAAGAAAAAAAUGAAUUUUUAUAGAAUUGUUUUUGAAAUUUACGAGUUCCUAGUCUCAGGAAAAAAUAGACGUUUUGAUUUAUUUACUGAUAGAGUUUACAUACUAUAGUUUCAUCUGCUCAGAAAUACAGAAAUACAUUCCGAUGUUAUAUAAUGAUUUUCUCAAGAGUGUGUAAAAACAAAUUUUAUUCUCAGAAUUAGAUUUCAGCGCAAAAGCGAAUUGUAACUUAACGAAAAAAAAUUAAAGUCUAUUGUCAAAGGGUAUGCCAUUGGUGCUUCGUAAAAAUAACUAUGAUUUGAUAUUAUUCAAGACAAACAUAAGCUUUUUAAGUAUUUGUUUACAAAUAAUCAGAGUCCAAAUUGGAGUAUUUAAAUUAUAGCCUAGCAUAGUAAUGGCCAAAUAAUGUAUACUAUUGCAUAUUGGCAGAGAUCUCACUGAUCGAUAAAUCAUAAUUAAUUUUUAUAUUUUUGUAACAUUGCAUAUUGUGCCUUUUUAAUAUAAUUUUAUUUAUUAGAUA